AUGGCUUCUGUACAAGUAGAUAAAACCACCAUAGAAGUUGAUGAUUUCCUUGUACGAGAGAUUGAGAAACACAGAAUUUCAACCAUGGAGAGCUUGCAAAAUGAAAAGCAAAUUAUGGUGGAUCCACUUUCACUAAAAGGUUCUAUUAAAUACCUUGAGACCACCACCACCAUGCUUCCAACUAUAAUCACAACUUCAUCAUCCAUCAUUUUGCACCCUCCACCACUACAACCUCCAAAGCCAAGAUUUUUAAGCACAAGUCUUCCAAAUUCAGCGAACUCAUCUCCUCGCUUUGCUUCACCACUUUCCAAGAAGAAACCAAAAGGAGAGAGCCCGGAACCACAAAGCCAAGGAAGUAAUUUUACACACAAACUUCAGCAUUUGCUACCAGAAGUGCAAUUAAGGAAGAGCAAGUCAUGUGGUGAAGCAAGAGCAUUUGCUACCUCAGAUGAAUUUGAUCACUGGUUGAGUAAACUAAGUGCAUUGGAGCAUGAUAAGUGGCACCAUGACAACCUCUCCAAAAUUGAAGUUGUCAAAGAAAGUCCAAAGAGUGUUAAUAAGCUUAAGCACAUGAAAACAACACAUGCUGGAUUUAAAUGCAGUGCUCUAUGCCUUUAUCUACCAGGCAUUGGUGGCAAAGUAAAGCCGGUUAAAGCAAGAAAGGAAGAAUCAGAAAAGGGUGGUGCAAUGUCUCGGACAAUUUCCUUGGAAAAAUUUGAAUGUGGUUCAUGGUCUUCUGCAGCAAUAUGCAAUGAGAUUGGAGCAGACUCCACUAACUCCUACUUUGAUCUGCCUAUGGAGUUAAUCAAAUGCAGUGCCAAUGAAGUGUAUUCUCCCGUUGCUUCGGCUUUUGUUUUCGAAAGAGACCUUAAAGGGAUUCUGAAGAAUGGUUCCUCAAGAAACAGUGUUAGAAAAUCAGACGCAUCGCCUCGCCAUGUUCGGUUUUCUACAUCAUCUUCUGCAUCACACCCUGCCUCUCCAGCCUCCUGCAUCUCUCCUCGUUUGAGGAAAGCCAGAGAAGAUUUCAAUGCCUUCUUAGCAGCAGCACAAAGUGCGUGA